GAAGAUUAAGAACGAAAUACAAAAAUUGGAAGAGAAGAACUUUUCGGGCAAGUAAUUAAUUACGAUUUGGUCUAUAAAGGGUAAAUAUGUAAUUAAACACCAAAUCCCAUUGAGAAAGAAAAAAAUCAAACAAACCCAGAAGUAGAAGAAGAACCCUUUCGUCGUCAAGGUCUAGCUUCUCAAAUCCUCUCUCUCUCGAUUCUCCGAUUCCCAAAUUACCGUCUCCUCCACCGGAAAAUCUAUACCGCGAUUAGGUUUUAGCGUAGUUCCGUAAUCUCCGGUUAUUAUUUCUUUCAAUUUCUGAUCGAUGACAUUGUCCAAGCGAUUGGCUCUAUUGGGAGCUCAAUCUGCGAUUACUCUCGCUAAACCUCGAGGUCUCGUUUCCUCUCUCGGAUUGCUUAAUCGUCGUCAAUUUCCGUACCGUCAAUAUUCUGAACUCACGAAAGCUAAUGGAAGACGUGCCUUUCUCGUUGAUACAUUGGCUCUGGUGAGGAGUCUUGAAGCUCAAGGUGUUCCAUCGAAACAAGCUGAGGCAAUAACUUCUGCUAUUACUGAGGUUUUGAAUGAUAGCUUGGAAAAUGUGUCUGAGUCUUUUGUGUCAAAAGCAGAAAUGCAGAAGAUUGAAAUGAUUCAAGAUUCAAAUCUGUCAAAAUUUAAAUCUGAAGUCAAAAGUUCGCAGGAGCAUCACUUUACUGUAUUGCAACGUGAGACAGAAAAAUUGAGAGGCGAUAUAGAGAAGAUGCGAAGUGAGCUCAGGUACGAAAUUGAUAAGGUCACAGCUGGACAACGCUUGGAUUUGAAUCUUGAAAGAGGUCGAAUACGCGAUGAGCUAGCUAAUCAGAAUACCGAAACAACAAAUCUCACAAACAAGCUUGACAGGGAAAUCCAUGCGUUGAGAGCUCAAUUAGAAGCUUCAAAAUACGAAGUCAUCAAAUAUUGCAUAGGUACACUUGUGUCGAUUUCAGCUGUGGGACUCGCCGUCCUUCGCAUCAUGAUUUAGUACGAUCCCAACACUCAAAACAGCUCUCUGCUUACAGCCUUAAAGCCAAAUUGAUAACUUGUCAUUUUUACUUGAACACCACCAAUCUGCCAUAUUCUUUUUUUGUGGCGAUCAAAGAAUAUUAUUGUUUCUGUGAUCUAUUUUACCAUCAUCCUUAUUAGGACAGGCUUCAAAAUAUGCACCGCAAAUUAUGUCAAUUCAAGGAUCACUGGUUUCUUCCAUUUACAUUAUUUAGUUUUCUGUCAAUGUCAGUGUAACACAACACUUGAGAAA